CUCCCUCUUCUUCCUGGAUCGGUUCCUCAGUGACAGGAUGGUUAGGUCUGGCUGAUGAGGAGCCACCUGGCAAUUUGGCGGAAGGAGAGAAGGAAGAUGAAACGAAAGAGAUCCAGGCAGACGAUUCGCUUGCUUCUUCAAUGACAGGAUGGCUGGGGUUUGGAAGACAAGGAAAAACUGACAAAGCCAAAGAAAGUGUAAAAAAUGGCGACGAAACCACUGAUUCACUCACUGCUACCAUGACUGGGUGGCUCGGCUUUGGAGAUAAGAAAAAAACAGAGCAAGAAGAACAAAAAGAAGUGAAUGAAGAAAAAGAAGAACCAGUGGAGAAAUUCAGGAGUAGGAGGAUGUCUUUGGAUCUUGAAGGUAGCCAGCUGCAUGUAGAAGAGAAAGAAGAGACGGGGACGUUGGGUUGGUUGGGUAAUGGACUGUCAAACACACUGGGGUUUGGCCCGACCAGUCAGGACUCAGAACAUGAGGCAGUAAGUGGAGGAGGAAGUGAGGAUGAGAAGGAGCAGCCGGCAUCUAAUUAUUGGAUGGAUAUGGGGAUCGGAGGCAUUUUAGGCUUCAGGAAAGAUAAUGAUGAAAGUACAGUAAGUAGCUUUAAGGAGACAGAAGAGGAUCCAACCUCACAACAACCAGCAGGAUCACUGAGUGAGGAAACUCAUCAGUCACAGUCUGCUCUGACAGAUGAGGGGAAGACUGAGACUAGCAAUGAAUCACAGGUGGAAAAACCUCCAAAAGACCUAAAUGCUCCAUCCACAGAAGCAGUGACUGCUGACAGUAAUGAUAAUGAUGUAGAUUCUUUAGACAGUAACAAAAGCAGUGUUCUGCAGAUAGAGUCUGAAUCUAUAGAUGAUCACAAAGAUCUGUCUUCUCGUACCAAGUCUGAGGAAAAAUCCCACAUUGUGAGUGAAAUGUCCUCUAUGAUCAACAGCUUUUUCCAGAUCGGUGACAAAGAGGAUAAAGAAGAUGCUUUAGAAGAUGGCAGUAAAGAGAAAGACAAAACAGAUGAGGAGAUAUCUGCAGAAUUGGAGGCUGAAAAUCAUGAGACGCCUAAAUCAAUGGGAAAUGAGGGUAAGGAUAUUAACAGGGAGCCAGAAGAGGAAGAAUUUAAAACACAGUCUGACAGUAAUUUGGGCCCUGACCAUAGUUCCGUGGAUUUAAAGCCAAACUCCAUGGAAGAAUCUGCAGAUAAGGUCGAGGAAGAUGAAAGCAGGAAAACAGACGGUGUUCAGGAGGAAGGCGAUAAAAACAUUCAUCAGGCAGAAGAAUCCACAGCUGUGUCUGGUAUGAUUGGCAGGAGUGGUGACAACCAUGAAGGAGGGAGCAGUAAUGAAGAGACAGAUUUACCUCACAGAGAAACUUUCUUAGCUCAGACUGAGGAAUCAGCAGAAGAAAGUCAAGUCAGUGGUGAGCUAUUCUUGUCAUCAGCUGAUGAGAGAAAUGAACCAAUCCCAGUUGUGGAUAAAGGUUUUACUCUGCAGAGACCUGAAACAAAUUAUGCCAGCUCAGAUACACUAGCUAUGACUGACAACAAUGCAGAAACACGUCACAGUGAGUUUGGACAUGAGGAAGAAACACAACCUGUUAAGGACAGCUCUGAGGAAUUGGAAUCCUCCCAUUCUUCUAAUAGAAGCACUGAAAGUUUGGAUGAAAAUGCCUCUGAGGAGGACAGAGAAACAAUCUCCUCUGGUGGAAGCACAGCAAACACAGAUCAGGCCUCUGUGUCUCCACAGAUGGACCACAGGGUCACACAAAGGGAUGGUGAUACAGACGAAAUAAAGGAAACUGUUGAAGAAACUGUGAAUGACAAUGCAAACAACCUCCAGCAGGCUCAAACUGAGAAAGAGACAUCAGGCGCCAAGGAAGACGGUCUGAAGGAAAGCGACCAAAAUCCAACUGUAGGCUCUGAAACAGAAGCUGGAGAAGUGGAGCAGUCAAAGGAUGGGUGUGAACAGGAGAUGACAGAUGGUGAGAAAAAUGAGAAAAUAGAGGAUUUAAAGGAGGUGGAGGAGGCAACGGAAGAAGAAAAGCAGGAGGGAAAACAUGAUGAGCUGGAGAAGGUAAAGGAGGAGAAAGAUCUGGAAGAAAUGGAGAUACAAGAAAAGGACAAACAGGAGGAGAACAAUGAACUAAAGGAAGAGAUUGAAGAGAAAGAGGUCGAGGAUUCAAAGGAGGAAGAACAGCUUCAGCAAACAGAGGAGGUAAAGGGAGAGAGCAAGCAGGAGGACGAAGAGGAGGUAAAGUUAGAGGAACAGCAAGAACAAGUGGGGGACUUAACUGAAGAGCAUACACUAAAGAUAUUAAAAGAGGAGAAUGAGAUGAAGGAAGAGGAGAAGCAGGAGGAAGUGAAGGAUGAACAGAAGGAUGAGGCAGAGGAGGGAAAGGAAGAGGAGAAGCAAGCGGGAGUAAAAGUAGAGGAGCAACAGGAGAUAAAUGAAAACGGGAAACACGAGGACAAGGAAUUAAAGGUUGAUGAGGAGGAAAAGAAGGAAGAAAGCUCAAAGGACGACAAAAAACAGGAGGAUGUGGCAGAGGCAAAUGGAGCAGAGAAAGAGGAGGAGACAACGGCGGUAAAAGAAGAGAGAAAUCUGGAGGAGGUGGAGGAGCAAGAGGAGGUGGAUAAACAGCAGAAGACAGAAGAGUUGCUAGAGAAAGAAAAUGAGGCCAGAGAGGAGGAGUUAGAGAAAGAGGAGAAACAGGAGGAGUUACAGGAAUUUGAGGAGGAAAAGGAGACAAAGGAAAGCGAAGGAAAACAGGUACAGCUGUCUCAUUUGGAGGAACACGUGGAAAAUAUUCAGGAUAACAUCAACAGAUCAGAGCCAGAAAGCGAUGAGAAAGAGACCGAAGAUGUGAAAGACCUUGGAUCAUCAUUUACUGAAACUGCUGCAAAGACUGAAAACCCAGAGGUGGAGGUAAAGAAUGAAAAGACUGAAGAGAAGGAGGAUGAAGAGAAGCGUCAGGAGAGGCAUACAGAGGAAGACGACCUGAAAUGCUCAAGUGAUCUUUGCACUCAACCAAAUGAGGAGGAGCCUGUGGUAGAAAGAGAUGGAGUUGGCUCUGAGGGAGAAAGUCCACAGAAUGGUGACUCUGAUAUACAAAUGAGGAAUAAUCACAGAAAUACAAUUAGUAGUGAAUCCUGGAGUGAAGGAGGAUUGGAACCUUCAGCUCCCCAUAAUGACUCUGCUCAAAGUCAGGAUGUGUCACCUGAACAAACGGCCUUAUCUGGGCCUGAGGAUCCUCCUGGGUCUUCACUUCCACCUGAUGAUCUCAGUAGAGGGACAGCAGAGAGUAAGACUGGAGGAGCCUUUGGUCUUUUCAAAAAUCCAUUUGGAUUUUUUAGCCAAACACCCCCGACUGAAAGCCAGGAGUCCACAGAAUCAGCUCAGAGUUUCAAUGCCGAUACAGGUGAGACAUCACAGCCACAGGCCUCUCUGACUCCUGAACAAGAACCAGAUUCUACAUCUGAUUUGAGAAAGAAUCAAGAGGUCCACACAAACUCUCCAAUCAACACAUCCACAGAGAAGCCACCGUCUUCCUCUCCUGAAAUCCAUCCCCAUACUGCAGCUCCAAAAACAGAAGCACUCUUUCAAAAAAAAUCAUCUCUAAACUUUACAAGAACCUUCUUGAAGACAUGAGUGUGGAUGAGAUGGUUAUUUUGCAGGAACUUUUUGGGCGACACAAGCUGCAGUUUUUGGAUUACAUUUUGGUCAGCUCAGAAGGUGUGACUGAGGAUCCUGAUCAUGACGAAUCUAUUCUGUCGGAUAUAGAAAG